GCGCGGGCGGAGGUGAGCGCUGCUGCGGGCUAGGGCUCUGCGGGCGGCACCGCAGGACGCUGCGGAGACCCGUGGCGAAAGUAGGUCAUUCACAGAAUCAAAAUGGUUGAAGCAGAUCGUCCUGGGAAGCUGUUCAUUGGGGGCCUGAACACAGAGACUAAUGAAAAAGCCCUUGAGGCUGUAUUCGGCAAAUAUGGACGCAUUGUGGAAGUCCUUUUGAUGAAAGAUCGGGAAACAAACAAGUCCAGAGGAUUUGCAUUCGUCACGUUUGAGAGUCCAGCAGAUGCAAAAGAUGCUGCCAGAGAUAUGAAUGGAAAGUCAUUAGAUGGGAAGGCAAUUAAAGUGGAACAAGCAACCAAGCCAUCCUUUGAAAGUGGUGGUAGGCGUGGGCCACCACCCCCUCCCCGAAGCAGAGGUCCUCCCAGGGGCCUUAGAGGCGCAAGAGGCGGAAGUGGCGCGAGAGGACCACCUUCAAGAGGGAGUCACUUGGGGUCUUCUCGAGGGCCACUUCCCAUGAAGAGGGGUCCACCUCCACGAAGUGGAGGCCCUCCACCUAAAAGAUCUGCACCUUCAGGACCAGUGCGUAGCAGUAGCAUGGGAGGAAGAGCUCCUGUGUCACGUGGAAGAGAUGGUUACGGUGGUCCUCCACGCAGAGAGCCAAUGCCAUCACGGAGGGAUGUCUACAUGUCUCCAAGGGAUGAUGGCUACAGCACUAAAGAUGGUUAUUCAAGCAGAGAUUAUCCCAGUUCCAGGGAUACCCGGGACUACGCACCACCUCCACGAGACUACGCAUAUCGUGAUUAUGGUCAUUCCAGUUCACGUGAUGAAUACCCCUCCAGGGGAUAUAGUCUUUCCUCCUAUAGCGAUCGUGAUGGAUACGGUGGCGGACGUGACAGAGACUACUCGGAUCAUCCAAGUGGAGGCUCCUACAGAGAUUCAUAUGAGAGUUACGGUAACUCACGUAGUGCUCCACCUGCUCGAGGGCCCCCGCCAUCAUAUGGUGGAAGCAGUCGCUAUGAUGAUUACGGCAGCACACGAGAUGGAUAUGGAAGCAGAGAAAGUUACUCAAGCAGCAGAAGUGAUGUCUACUCAAGUGGCCGUGAUCGUGUUGGAAGACAAGACAGGGGUCUUCCCCCAUCCAUGGAAAGGGGCUAUCCACCUCCUCGGGAUUCUUACAGUAGUUCAAGCCGCGGGGCGCCCAGAGGUGGUGGCCGUGGUGGAAGCAGAUCUGAUAGAGGUGGAGGCAGAAGCAGAUACUAAAAACACUCUUAAACUUUUGGACCAAGACAGAUUAUUUCUCAAAUGUGGAAGCUGUUCUAUCUUUACUACCAGAGGACUACUAAAAAGAAAAGUUGUUUUUAACCUUUUUUUAUUGUUGCCUGUUAAGUUUUUCCCUCCAUGACUUUUAUGCUUUUGUGAGAAAAGUUGAAACAAUGUUUAAUAUCAUUUCAAAAUUGUUAACAUUUCUUUCAGAAAGCAGAUGUUAAAUGUAUAAGCUUGAGCUGUGUACUAGUGUUGUAAUUUUCAAAGUAAAGUUUCCCUGAAAUGCCACA